GGAGUUUUGUUGCGUUUACGGAGGGGGCGCGUGAGCGUGGUGGAAAUGGUAGCAAGAUGGCGGCGCUGAAGGAGGAGCAGUGCUACGGACUGUCCUGUGGAAGAGUGAGCAAUGGCAGCAACGUCUCCGUCUUUCACGUUAAACUUACUGACAGCGCCUUAAGAGCCUUCGAAGGCUAUCAAGCCAGCAAGGGCCUGUCUUCACAGCCAACGAUCCGGUUCACUGGAAACCAAGGGAAAAUCUCAAUACCACGAUCGGAAAACCCCAAUGAGUUUCGAACGUUUACCUUCUACCUGUCCAACGUGGGGAGGGACAACCCACAGGGCAGCUUUGACUGCAUCCAGCAGUACGUCACCAGUGAAGGGAAUAUUCAGCUGGACUGCCUGGGUGGGAUCCAGGACAAGAUCACUGUUUGUGCCACGGAUGACUCCUACCAGAAGGCCAGGCAAAGCAUGGCUCAGGCAGAGGAGGAGACCCGCAGUCGGGGCGCUAUCGUCAUCAAGCCUGGGGGCAGAUACGUGGGCAAGAAGGUGCAGAUCCGGAAACCGGCGCCUGGCCUGUCGGACAUCGCGCCCUCGCGGCGGACGUCGCGGCCCGUCCUCAUCUCCAGCUCGAUGAAGAAGAGCGCGGCGCAACAGCGGCCCCUGCGCGAGCGCCUCACCCACCUGCUGGCGCUCAAGCCCUACAGGAAACCCGAGCUCAUCCUGCGCCUGCAGAAGGACGGCCUCUCGCCCCAGGACAAGGAGACGCUGGACAGCCUCCUGCAACAGGUGGCAAACCUGAAUGGGAGAGACAACACCUUCACACUGAAGGACUGUAUGUAUAAGGAGGUGCAGAAAGAUUGGCCAGGCUACACCGAAGGUGACCAGCAACUUCUGAACAGGAUCCUCGUCCGGAAGCUGUGUCAGUCCCAGAACAGCCUGGCUCCUUCCGGGGAGAACCCCGUCAGCCCCCCGAAAGAGCAGGCCAACUCCUCGCCGUCGCAGAAACGGCCCGCAGCGGACUUCAUCGACCCACUGGCCAAUAAGAAGCCCAGGAUAUCGCACCUAGCCAGCAAAGCGGCUGGGCCCAUCAAUGGCAAGCUGAGCUCCUCCAACGGGAAGCAAACGGGAGGCGUUCAAGUGUCCGGACCGGGGGGAGACGGCAUGACGUCCAACUCCCAGCUCCCCGUCCUGGAAAUCCCACGGCCCUUUGACCCGCUGUCGGACGUCAGCAACGACUCGAGCCACAACGGCCGGGACUGCGAGGGCCAGGAGGCGGCCGUGGCGGAGAGGCUGAGCCAGCCCUCUGUCCCCUCGGGGCCUGCGCCCAACCCCCUGUCCAGCCUGGGCUCCUCCCCUCCCCAGCCCGGCCUCAGCGGCCCGUCCGGGGACGCCGCCUCCACCUCGCUGCACGGAAAAUCCAAGAAGAAAUCCAAAAAGCACAAGGACAAGGAGAAGUCCAAGGAGAAGGAGAAGGAGAGGAAGGGAGGGGAGGAGCGUGGGGCAGAGCCGAAGAAGGCCUGUGAGCUCACGUCCAGCUCCAGCAGCACCAAGAGCAGUAUUCCGCACGGGAGCGCAGAUCUGAAUGGGACGUGCAACAAUUCUAGUAUUCUUACAUCAUCUUCGGAGGUGGCAGACUAUUUAAUAAAGUACACGGAGAUCGGCUCCCAGGAGCAGCGGCAGAGCUACAAGAAUGAUUUCAACGCUGAGUACAGCGAGUACCGUGACCUGCACGCCCGGAUAGAGGGCAUCACUCGGCAGUUCACAGUGCUGGACUCUGAGCUCAAGCAGCUCCAACAGGGCACCGACAAGUACAAGACAAUCCAUAAUCAGAUACUACAGGAGUAUCGUAAAAUAAAAAAGACUAAUCCAAACUAUAGCCAGGAGAAGAACCGCUGUGAAUAUCUGCACAAUAAACUGGCACAUAUAAAGAAACUUAUAGCAGAGUACGAUCAACAGCAACUACAAAGCUGGCACUAGUACUGUUGUUUCUUUGUGUUGUUUGGAAGCCAGGCAAUGAAAAGGAAAGUCUGGAUUCUGCUUGCUCCAAAAUUUCUUAUCAAAGAUGCCACCAAGGGAGAAUUGAUUCCCCUCAUUGGGGCCAAAAGCACUAGUGAGGACAAAGCAGACCUUAUUAUCUUUUUUUUUUUUUUUUUUUUUUUUCCUCCAUUUCAUUUUGAAGAUGUGACUUGCCAUGUUUGGCCAGACCUCUCUGAGUAGCCACAUUGCAUCUGGAUAAACUUUGUGUGGUGUUUACACCCUACCCCCUUAGCACACAGAGGUCUCAGUAGAAAAGGAUAAUCCGCAUUCUUUGAAGAUCUCCAAACGACCUGUACGUGUCAGGGGAACUGGGGAAGUGAUGACACUGAAACAAAGUCGGCGGAAUGUAUGCCAAAUGCUCAUAGUUUGUUUAAAAACAGGAAAAAAAUGUAAUGGGUGAGAUAGGAAAUGAUCAAAUUUUUUUUUCCCCAUUUAUCGAAAUGGAAGGUUCUGAUGCUGAACUCUUUUGUGAAUAUGUAUUUUAUUCUUUUUUAUUUAUUCUGUUAUUUGUGGACUUCCAUAGGGAUAAUAAGUUCUGUUAUAAUUUUACACUCCUCAAUAUCAAUACUACGAAAGUGUCUCUCUUUGUCUUCUCACCCUGAAUGUCAGCCAGUAUUUUAUGCAAAAGCUGCCUUGGCCGUCACAUUGCCCAUCUGUUGCAAUUCAUGACUUUUUUUGAGAUGAGUUUUUCCCCAUCCUUUAAUAAAGACAGCACUGUAAAAUCUCAGACAGAUGCAGAUGCCCGAGUUUGACUUCUCUUACAGACUUUUUUUUUUUUUUAAUGUGUAAAACUUAAGGACUCUGAAAGCAUGUGGAAGCAAGGCCAUUGGCUCUGAUUAUAAAUUCACAGAACACAGAAUGGAAAUGUUACGCUGUCAUUAGCUAGUACUGUAGAUUCAUUGUAAGAUAUCUGUAUCCAAAGUCUACACAUUGGGCUGUAGCCGUGCUGAAGAUGAUGGUACUAGACUCUUCUGAUACACAGCACUCCAAGGUGCUCUGUUGGUUUCUUCACUGUUGUCUUUCCUAUGCAGGAAGGGACAGGGCCCCAGGUACAUGUCAGUAUCCAUGACUGUUCAGAUAAGUGGCUUCUAUUUAAUGGUGCUCUACAGGUGUGUAUCUGCGGUGGCUUUAGUAACAUAAAAGGCAAAGGGCUACAUUUAAAAUCCACAGGAUUGAGACUGCCACAGCCCUGUUCAUUGAAUGCAGGUGGCCAUGUUGAACUGACACCAUUCUUUUCAGCACAACAUCAACAUGCUUCUCUAGACUUCUCUAAACAUGAAAUUGAGUAUCUACAUUUGGCUGACUUUUCUCAUUUUGUUGUGUAUUUUUAAGAAGCCUGAAAACUGAAACAGAUGGGUACUGCUCAGUGAUGUUCAUUUUUCACACCAGGCUUAUAGCAUUUCUUCCUGUUAUGGGGCCUACUGAAACGAGGGUUCAUCUCGUUCAAGGAAAGAUCCAGUCAGUCUUUUAGAGCAGAUCGUAGUGCACCUUGAAGCAGCUGCGGCUUGUCUUCUCUCUGCCCUCCUCACCUCUGGAAAAUGUAAGACCAGUAUGAAUGUGACACACUAUUGAGCAUAAUUCGGAAAUGGUGAGGGUGUUUGAUUUCAGCUCUAUUCUCUAGUCUACCCGACAAGGAAUUUUGUAUUUCUCUAAGCUCGGCUUGCCAUUGAUGGGGCUCACUCCUCCCACAGGAGGAAUAUUUGUCGUCCUCUUCUAAUGUAUGGUAUGUAAAGUUUCUAUAGUCUUCAUUUACAGAUACAGAGAACUUGCACUUGGACAGGGUUCGUCUCAUUUUCAUUUCAACGUUGUUCAUUAUGGUUUCAUCCGAACUGGAAUUGCAAGCUCGGUGUUGAAAUAUGUACAGUGGUUAAAAUGUCUGCAUGGGAAUCCAGCCAUUUCUCUCACUACCCCAGCUGUAAGUCUUUGAAGGGCUCAUUGACCUGAGAUCGUUAACGUGGUCAGAUUGAUCAUUAUCACUGCUGAUCUUGUAUGUCUGUUCACAGGGAUGUGCACGGGACAGUUAUGUUCAGUUUUAAGUUCAGUUCAGUCAUCUGUAGUACCUGUGAGGUUUCAUGUGGCACUUUGCAGUCACUCUGCACAGAUUUUGUUCAAACACAUCGUUUGCCUUGUGUGUUGGAUUCUGUUCGUCAUGAAUAUGUUGUCUGAUAAUUGCAACUCACCAGUGUUUGCAUUUUACGUAUGUCUGCUCACGUUGGUGUGGAGAAGGUUACAAAUUCCUCCACUGAAGAAUCAUUUUGUCAGGACUUGACAUUAAUCUGAUCAGUACUUGUACAAAAGCAAUGGAUUCUUUGGUUAUGGCAGAUUUACAUCAAGUUCACUUACACUAAUCAGAAGCUGACACUUGGAAACAUGCAACAAAAUAUCCAGUUUCAAUGGAGGCUUGCUUUGAAUUGUCAUGCAGCUGUUAGACACUGACACUGCCCACCCCUGGUGAUUAUUCUACUUCCCUCAGUUAAAAAUCAGUCAGGGAAAGAGGAGCCCUUUUGUCUGGUGUGUUGAUGUAGCUUUUUACCCCAAACUCUCAAAUCUUACAACCAGUCUGAGGCUGACCCUUUUACCCGAGGCUGCUUGUAGUGCUGAGUCAUGCUAGACACUCAGGUCACUGUCUUUAAUUGGUCAGAUGUUCAUUGCCCCAACCCCCCCCCGGUGCAGUUCUUGCAGAGGCAUGUGGGCUCUUGCAAACAUCACUUGCUUUCAAAGGAAUCACUGUGAGCAGCGGGCGGAUUCUGUGUUCAGUGUUAAUGAUGUUUUCUUAUGAGAGUAUUAAUUCACUUGCUGUCAUUCUUGACAUGAAACCAUUUGGAUAGCUUGCACGGUUAACCAAUAAAUGGUAAAGGUAUACAUUUAGUUGGAGGUUGUUUUCAACAGCAAAGUGUGCAACACCACAGUAUGAGCUGAAUGUGCCAAAUUGACCUGUUGUAUAGGUUUGUGUAUGACUAAUAAUGCUGCUGUUCAGAAGGAAGUUGUAGACAUAAUGGGUGGGACU